AUGGAUUCUAGUAAUGCUCGAGCUGCAAUGUCGAAGGCAGUGAAAGAAGAUUCAGAUGGGGUGGAAAUUGAUUCAACCGGAGGCACUGAGGAUCGACUUUCUGAAGCAACUAUUGAUGCUGAUACACUUGAGAAUGGAAUCGAUGAAGCUGCUAUGGAUACUGGCAGUAAUUUAUUGUCUGAAGAAAAUGAGAAAGAGGAAGACCAACCUUCUCAUACAAAAACUGGUGCCGAAGUGACAAAGGGUACAAGAAAGCUACAGAUUCAAGGAAAGUGGAGAGGAGUUGACCCAGUUCUUUUUCACAGGGAUGACACUGAUAGAAUAAUGGAAUUUUAUGGAAUUAAGGAUUCUUUUCCAUUUAAAGGGGUGUCUUCAACUCCUUUUGAGGGAGGCCUGGGAAAGAAAGACUCAUUCUCCCGUCAGCUUACGAGAGCGCUCCUUUUUGGGAAUACGCCCCCUGAUCAGGUUAGGAGACACUACAAGAGAAAGCGGUUGAAGAAGGGUUUUUCUCAAUUGGUGGGCUCUGAUAGUCACAUUCCACGCAUUAACCUUGAGAGUUCUUAG